AUGUGGACAUCCUCGGGCGGCAAGUGGCACCUUCGUCGCCAAGGCGAGAAGGUGACCCACCCGUUUGAUGGCCGACUAGCCACCGACAGCGACUCCGAAACACCGCCCAGCUAUAUCGAGUUGUCGACGAUUUCUCGGAAGGAAUGGGAGCAAAUGAUCCGCUCAGGUGUGCGGUCUCGUUUGGUGGGGGAGGAAGAAGCUGUGCGACAGGUCAGAAACAGGGCGAUACAGAACGCACGCAAGCAGGGCUCGCUUGCUAGGACUGACCAGAUCGUUCGCCAGCAAACGAAUACAGGAAUCCUCGCCGGGAAUCAAGGCGAGACGGAAAUCCUUGCCGGAAACCAGGGCAAGAAGGACCCUCAAAAGGAUCCCAUCGAGACGAUGGAAGGGACCGACGAUACCGAGUCCAGGGAACCUGCGCAACAAGCAGAUGAGAUCCGGAAUGUGAUCGAGGAAGCCGAUAAGGAGGUGAUGCCACCGAGUAUCGGCCAAGACGGCGAUGGCCCGGAAGCUCAGUAUAGCUUCAGGCAUCGUAAAGGAAAUCCCAUCGAGAUGAUGGAAGGGCAAAACGACUUGCCAGAAGAGAUCCCCAUCGAUACAGUGAUGGAAGGGACCGAGGAUGCCAAACAAGAGUCCAGGAAGCCUGCCCAACAAGCAGAUGAGAUCCGGGAUAGGAUCGAGGAAGCCGAUGAGGUGAUACCACCAGACAUCGGCCAGAAUGACGAUAGCCAGGAAGCUCCGUACAGCUUCAGGCAUCGCAGGAGGUGGCCGCCAGGGAUGGUGAGAAACUAG